AUGGCCGCAGUUACCGCUCGCGGAUUAGGUAUUGCAACUAUGUUCGGUGCCAAUAUUGUGGCUCUGUCCUCGUACUGCAUCUGGAAGCUUUACCUGGCUGCAAAGCCUUGGCUCCACCAAUACCUUCGUGUUGUUGCCCCGCGCUUUCUGGAGGAAGAAGAAACAGGGCUGCAACUCCCGCUGCGGCAGGCCACCACGUUCCGCAUCCAAGAUCUGCCACGGCAAUUUUCUCCCGGUGAGGUCCGCGCCAUGACGCAAGACUUCCGAACCAUGGUGGGGCAAGGCGGUUUCGCCCAGGUCUUUCGAGGCCUCCUCGACGACGGCGCGGCGGUUGCCGUCAAAAGGAUAGUGAGAGCCGGCAACGGCGAGGACGAUUUCCUUAGGGAGAUCUCCAUCGUCGCCAACGUGCACCACCGCAGCCUGGUGCGCCUCCUCGGCUACUGCCUCCAGCGCGGGGGCGACAGGUAUCUGGUCUACCCGUUCUUCGAGAGCGGCUCGCUGGACUUGUGGCUGUUCCACGGCGGCGAGGGGAGGAGGCGCCUCCUGCCGUGGCCGGCGCGGCGCGGCAUCGCCGUCGACGUGGCCAAGGCGCUCGCGUACCUCCACCACGAGUGCCACCAGCAAAUCCUGCACCUCGACAUCAAGCCGGGCAACAUCCUGCUCGACGGCGACCUCCGCGCGCACGUGUCGGACUUCGGCAUCUCCAUGUCCAUAACCCAGGGCCUGAGCAACAUCGACACGCGCGGGAGGGGCACGCCCGGGUACAUGGCGCCGGAGAUGAUGGUCAACGCGGUGUCCGCCAGGUCGGACGUGUUCAGCUACGGCAUGACCCUCCUCGAGCUCGUCGGCGGGCGCCGGAACUUCGAGCCCUCCUCGUCCACGGACGCGUCGUCGGCGACGCCGGACUUCGCGCGGGACUUCUUCCCGUUAAUCGUGCGGGAGAAGAUGGCGCGCGGCGAGCUCAUGGAGGCGGUGGACGCGGCCAUGGCGCUCGUGGACCAGAAGGAGGUGGAGGCGGUGGUCAAGGUGGCGCUAUCCUGCAUCCAGAGCCGGUGGGACAUGAGGCCCAGCAUGCUGACCGUGGUGGAUAUGCUCGAAGGGAAAGCAGAUCACAUGAUACCUUAA